AUGGUCUCUUGCUUGACCGUCGAUACCCCGACCCCAAGUACCUGCUGGAGUGGCAGCGCCCUGCUAUUUGACGCGGACUCCAGAAACGUGCGGACGUACUUCACGACUGCCUUCACGAUAGUCAAUACCCUUCUUCCGUUCGUUGGGUCAUUUGUCAUUAAGAGGAUCAAUCAAAGAGCCAUCCUAAAGGGCGCUGCUGUAAACAAUAAUGGCUUGCCUCUUAGCCACUUGUCACCGUGGCUGUCCCUUACGUCCACUGCAUUGAAUUGGUUUAGAACGCGCCGAUUCCCUGGCGGCCCCUUUGGCGUCGUCAUGCUCUUUUCUGGGUUGAUAAGCGUACUUUCCAGCUUCAUUGUCAGCUACUUCGUCUUUGGCUACACUUUGGCUGGGCACUGUCCUUUUGGUAAAGGAGUGGUUGUCAGUCAGGCAAAUGCUGUCGUUUGGCCAGAGAAGACGCCGUUACCAGACUAUUUUUACCCAACGCCCUUGUGGCCCGGUUCUACCAUAUCUGUCUCCUCUCAGAUGAUCAGCUAUUUCAGCCGGCCGCGAGUGGGUCUAACGCCUAUAAUUGGAAUCUCGCAGAUUGCUAACAAUGAUCUGGACUUCUACGCUCGGGAUGAAGACAUUCUAGGCGGCUGGCAAUGCAACCGAGAUCCUAGCCUUGCUGGGAAGCUCGCCUUUACCAACAACCUCACUCGUCCAAAUCAGGGACUGCUGCACCCCCAGCUGGUUGAUCGGGACUUGCUCUAUACGAACACAAUACUAGCUGACCAAGGCGCCCUCAUCCAGCCUGGGUACUCGGAUGGUCUGAAUGCUUUCGCGAACUUGGUGGAAUUGAGCUCCAGCCUAGGGUCUACUUGGGAUGUCAAGGCAGUCAUGAUCUCAAAUCUGUCCGGAGACUCGGAUACCACUCAAUUCUCGGUUACAGAUCUGCACUGCAAUUUGGUUGCAAGCCCGCAGAUUCCUUCGAGUAAUACAACUCUUGAUCUGAUCCUCUCGAAUACCAACGCCAGCGCUGUGCUCACUAACUGGGGCCCGCUGAUCCUUGGUGCUAUCAUGGUAAUCUCCCAAGGCAAUGCUACUGGAUACACGCAAGUGCUCGAAACUCAUCUGAAUGCGAUGAGUAUGUCUUGGGGAUCCAAUGAUAAUGCCGAUCACACUGCCUCAGUCUCCGGAUGCGUACUUUCUCGUGCAGCUACCAACAUUGGUGUUUGGGUUAUCCUUGCCAUCGAAAUCAUACUGCUGCUCAUCCUUGGUGUGCUCGAUCUGGUGACCUUGUUGGCACUGAGGAGAAACAAAAACAUAUACGAAAAGAUCAAAGGCACGCCUAGUGACUUGGUGGACUGGCAGGUAGCCUUCUUUAGAGAUUUGAAGAAAGACAAGGAGGCAAAGUUCGAGGCAAAGGACCUGAGGGCAUAUUCCUAUGGCUGGGACGACGGACAUGAAAUGCUUGUUUUGAAGGAAAAUUAUGGUCGAGGGUCAGCGAAAAGGACGCAGAAAUACAAAGCGGGGCCAGACCGGGAUGGCGAUCUGGAGAUGGAGGAGCACUUGAGUGGGGAAGAGCUACGUUUAGUAGGCAAGUCAGUGGAAGGGCACAUCGAUACGUAG